AUGACCUUUCGCUUCAGUAUCAGAAGGGUAUUGAACCUCUUUGGUGGAAGUCAGCAGGCAAACUGGCCUGACGCAGCUGCAUCUACUGGAGAGUUCCUCAGGCGGAUCGACAACGUGAAUUAUUGGAGUGCCACGGGGCCGGCAAAGAGAGCUUUCGAAGUCUUAUCUCAGGACAUUGAACACGAAUUGGCUCCAAUUUUGGACAGUCUGCCUACCGAUACAAUUUUUUCGUUUGACGUCUACAUGAGGGGUGAAGACCCGACAACGACGUAUCCUGUGGUCAUGGUCAUUUGUGACCAAUACGAACCUCGCAAGCAGGCGCAGAAGAUCAUUGAUGACAGCAAGAUACUUGAUGGUUUUCCAGGGAUGAAGUCUGAUAAUGCUGCUGUUCCUCCAGACUUCGAUGGUCUGGCACUGUGGGCAGACCCCACUUACCAACACACCGCGGAUGCUCCUUCUCCUUCAGAUUCGGUAUCCAUAAACAUCUCGGGCAACAAGGUAUCCGUCAGUUCGGUAGUAGACGCCGGUCAUUUCGUCAAAAGUUCUACAGUUGGAGGUCUUGUACAGCACGGCGAGACUAUUUAUGCCUACACCGCUGGCCACGUCUUUGACAAGAGGAUGGUACGACCAGGUUCUCCAAAAUCAGCAACGCUGCAGGACCACAAAAGCCCUUCGAUUAAUACUCCAAAGAAGGUUGAUCUAUCAGUAUCGUCCAUUGAUCUCGACUAUGCCCUUGUCAGAUUGCCUGACACAACAUCUAUGCUAAGGCCCAAUGAGACUGAAAACCCACAUGCAGUACAGCCUGCACAUGUUAUCAGAGCGCCACUAAACGACGUCGCAGUUGUUGCUGAGACUGCAUCAGCAGGUGCCGUGAAAGGGAUUCUGUCUGGUACUCCUGCUUAUACUCGUCUGCCACAUAGCAAGUCAUUUCAGAAGGUUUUCAAAGCCAGAUUUUCACAACCAUUGACAAAAGGCGAUUCUGGCUCAUGGGUCAUGGACGAAUCAAGUCACGGCCUCUAUGGCCACGUUGUCGCAGGCGGUGGUAGAAGUGCAUACGUUAUGCCAGCACAUAGCGUCUUUGAGGAUGCGAAGCAGAAGCUUGGAGGCCAACUCAGUCUUCCUCAGACUUCACGCGCCGAUGAAAGUGCUACGGAAAUUGGGAAAGCAGCGGCGCAGGUUAUUGCGACUUCAGAAACGAUGCACACAUCUCCCCAUGUUGCUCAUGACAGUGAGAUAUCAUCGAAAGGCCUCCAAAAAGGCGGAAGUGAUGGACUAAGCAUGAUUCGUGCAUUCAUGCGGGAUCACGAGACUCCCGAUUAUCUUCGUCCUCAAAUGGAUAUCGUCGAGGAAUUCUGCCAUGGUGCAGAAUUCAGUGUACUUCAAAGUGAGCAAGAAGCGGUUUCGUUCAAGAGAACGGCGUGGUUGGGCGAAGGAGGAACUGGCUGGUACUCGUCAUACUCAAGCUUGUUGACAGCGCGAGAACUUUACAAAGCCUUGAAGCGACCGCGAUUUCAGACAGACGGAGAUGCUGUAGAGACAACGCUCGACAAGUCGGCGCCGAAUGCCAGUAGCGACGUCGCAAGGCGGUUAAUAUUCAUCAGCGAUCUCGAUUCCUGGAACAUCUAUGCACUUGCUGCGACAGCUUCAAAACGACAGAUCUCAGCGCUUCGGGGGGCUAUUCUCAGAUAUUUAUCCUUCGAAAGCGGUAUUGAAGUCACAGUUCCGACAGUAGGGUGGGCAGAAUUCCAUUUGUCGUUGCAUCUGCCGUAUUAUGCAUGGAGGACAUCGCCACGUCCAUAUCGGGAUACACGUCGCAACUCGUCGGGACAUACGUUGAGGCAAUUCAGGGAUGUGACACUGCUUGACGGCUUUGACGCUGACAAAUCGUACCUUUAUGAGGCACAAAUCUCCUGUGUAAUCGCCGGCAUUGAUGAUUGGAGAUGGGUUGCGUAUUGCUUUGUCGACACCUAUUUCGAAGUCGAGGAUGGGGGAAACACCAAGUCCUAUCAAGAGACCAUGAAGGAAGACCCAUCUUGUAAUUAUUUCUUCACAUCAGGGGAGCCGGAGUGCGCAAGCUCCUAUUUCUUGAGGGUCACAGCGCCGAGAAUCGAACAGGUCACCAAGGAGUUUGGCCUUGUAAUGAGCAAACUGGACCGGAGUUCGCGUUCUUGGCAGUACAAAGAUAAAUCCGGGAAGUCUAUCCGGGGGUCCUUGGAACGGCUGGAAGUUGUUUCUUCCGUUCUGGUUGACGUGAGGAAAGCCCUGGGAAAAUCACUCCGGGCCUUCUCAACCUUUCUCGAUCGCCCCAUGAAUGGCUUCGUGGACACGCCGGAGUCAUCACCGGACGCAACUUCGCAAAAGAACGUUAUUCGGAUCCACUUCGCCCGAUUGCAAUGUUUGGAAGAGCGCUUCAAAAGCUUGGAGGACCGUCGCAAUGCAUGGGAGCGGCAGCUACAAUACGAACUCACCCUAGGUGAUCUAGCGGAAAAAGAGGUCUUACAAGAAUCAGCUCGGUUGGCCAAGACCAACAAGAGGAUUUCGAAUACUAUAGUAUGCCGAGAUUGCUUUGCACAUAUGCCAGGGCCAGACUAA